CCGUGAAAUCGAUAGCGUAUUUAUAUAAGUAUGCGGUGACGACGAUAUUCCUCAUAGUGCUAUUGGUUAAGAGUAGAAGCAGACCAGAUCGAGGCUGAACGAAUGUGUUUCUUGCUAGUCAGCCAGAAGUCAGCGAGACAAGCUGAGGGAGAGAGAGUGCUCGUUAUGAAUUAUUGUAUAGAGGAAGAGUCUCUUUGAGCGAGUGCGAAAGAUAAGGACUGAGACAAUGCCAUGGAUUCUGGUUUUAUUAUUGCUAACUUUGCUUGAUCAAUUGACACAAGAGAUCGCUUGCGUCAGAUUAGCCGAUAUUUACUGGAAUGCAACUAAUCCAAUAUUUCGGAUUGACAAUACGGAUCAUAUUAUUGAUGUUAACAAAGGUAAUAUACCUUUUGAAUAUGAUCAGGUGAAUAUCAUCUGUCCAGUCUAUACACCUGGCACAAAAGAGGAAGAGGUAGAAAGAUACAUAAUUUAUAAUGUGUCCAAAGAAGAGUAUGAUUCUUGUCGUAUCACUAAGCCUCAUCCCCGGAUCAUAGCUGUCUGUGAUAAACCUCAUCAAGUGAUGUAUUUUACUAUCACUUUUCGCUCAUUUACACCUCAACCUGGUGGUCUGGAGUUUAGGCCCGGACAGGAUUAUUACUUCAUCUCAACAUCCGAUGGAGGAAAAGAUGGUCUUUAUCAUAGAAUUGGAGGUAGAUGUGCUACACACAAUAUGAAAGUAAUUUUUAAAGUAUGCUGCUGUCCUUCAAAAGGCACAGCUGUGACUUCAACCACUAAAAUUACCACAGCCAGUACCACAACUACUACACGUGCAACCAUCGCAUCUACCACAACAACAACCCAAGUAAUGUCCGUAAGCACUCCAAGUUGGCUCCGACCUCUAAUGCCCAGCAACAGACCUACAAUCUCUGUUAAACAGUACGAAUAUGAAGUGCCAAGAGAUGUUAAACAAAAAUCGAAAAAGACAGAAGACAGAGAUAAAUUACCGAACGAAACACGAGCGAAAAAUGAAGAAUUAGUGACAGGAAAUUCGACAAAAGCAAUUUCUUGCCCAGGAUGGACAACGCUGGUCAUUCUUUUACUUUUAACUCACGCUGCAAGGUGAAAGUGGUUGUUGUGUAUAAGAAAAAAUAAAUAAAUAUGUACUAUAGUGUCCUAUAAAAUAUGAUAGACAUUGCUGCUGCUGCUGGACCAGUAAUAAAAUCCACCAAAAAAAAAAAAUCGUCAUUUUGACGUCAUCUGAAAGGAGGAAAUCCGCAGCUCCAAAACGCCAAUAUAUAUAUAAAUAAA